UAAGUUUAGUCUCAAGCAACUGAUCAGUUUAAAAAGCUAGCUGUAACGUUUUAUAUUUUAUGAAACUUGAAACAAAUAAUUUUGUUUGAUAACAAUUGUUCCUAAUUAUUCAUUACAAUGGCAAAUUUGUUCUGGAGAACCAGCCUGCGACUUGCCAUCGCAAGGGGUGCUCGGGAAACCACCUCAUCACCGGUGAUUUCCAGCGUACUUAUGGGACUCCAUAGGCCUUUGUCAAAUUCCAUCCACCAAACGCAGUUUGUGCAGAUCCAAAGGCGGCUAUACAGCAAGACGCGACAUAUGAACACUUCGACAUCGCUGGAUUAUGAAAGCGAUAGCGAUUCUGAUAGCGAUUCGGAUACUGAACGUGAUCGGGGCGAAUCCGCAUUUUGGCGAAGAAAAAUGCGCACUCUUCACAGUCACCUUGACGUCAACAAGGACGGUGUGAUCAGCUACGACGAUUUCAUGCUUUUGGGCGAAAGAUUCGCAGACUUGGGACAUCUCAGCGAAGACGCCAAAAAAGAAUUCCAAAAAGUGUUAAGCGAAAUGUGGCAAGAACAAUGGGGUGAAAUAAGCCCCUACAAUCUCGUGGGCGUUGAGAAGUACUUAGAAGAGAUGCAUCACGUACUCAACGACAAGUCACUUAAACGCAAGUGCCAUAAUUUCUUGCCUUUUCUAUUUAAGGCGGUAGAUAAGGACAAAAGCGGCGAAAUUUCGGUACAGGAGUUCAAGCUCUUCUUCCAGUGCCUGGGACUCACCACGGAGCACGCCGCAAUUACCUUUAGUUACAUUGAUACAAACGAAGAUGGAAAAAUUAGUCGCAAAGAGUUUGUAUCGCUUGGAAGAGAUUUUUUCCUUACUGAAGACCAAACAAGACCGAGCAAGCACUUUUGGGGCCCAUUGGUUGACUGAGAGCGCUGAGAAACAGUGCUCAACUCGUAAUCACUAUUUGUUUAAAUUUUAUCACGAAAGAGACAUUUUGUAACUUCAUCAUUUAAAUGAAUAGGAUAAGUCAUUCAUGUAAAUAUACAUAUUAGUUUUGUAAGAAUGAUGACGUAGAAUAAAGACGCUCGAUUUGAAGGGAAA